GGAGAGUUAUCGAGCGGCCAGUUGUGUGUCUGCAGGGCCACGAGGGGCAACCCAUUACUAAUUCAUUCAAUUGUUUCAUUUACUCGUAGUUGCAGAGUUAGCCCUCCAACACAUUGUAUUUUAUUGUAUUGUUUUUAUAUUAAGCCUGUGCUCCUUUACAAAGAGAGGCUAAUAUGACAAAAAUAUUGCUAGCUUACAGCGCAGUUAAAUCUCUGAGACAUGUGUCUGUGGUUGGCAGAAGAGUUGGGAACACGUCGACCUGGCUUAGACAUCAAACUACCAAACUUUUUAGUUUGAAGGCCCAGACAGCCCACCUGGUCUUGGAGGAUGGCACCAGGAUAAAAGGUUUUUCCUUUGGGCAUGAUGGCUCUACCGCUGGGGAACUGGUCUUCAAUACUGGCUUAGUGGGAUACCCUGAGGCCCUGACUGACCCAAGUUACAGAGGUCAGAUCCUGACUCUGACCUACCCUAUUGUAGGAAACUAUGGGGUGCCUAACACCCAGGAGCUGGACGAGUUGGGUCUACGAAAACAUGUGGAGUCAGAUCGCAUUCAGGUAUCUGGUCUUCUGGUUCAAGACUACAGCCACGAGUACAGCCACUGGAACUCGGUCAAGUCUUUGGGAAAAUGGUUACAAGAAGAGAAGGUUCCUGCACUGUAUGGAAUAGACACCCGCAUGCUGACCAAGGUCAUCAGAGACAAGGGUACAGUGCUGGGGAAAAUAGAAUUUGAUGGGCAGCCGGUCGAGAUAUCUGACCCCAACCAGAAAAACUUGGUAGCAGAGGUCUCAACAAAGGAAACCAAAGUGUUUGGAAAAGGGAACCCGAUCAAAGUGGUGGCUGUGGAUUGUGGCAUCAAACAUAACAUCAUUCGCUUGCUGGUCAAGAGAGGUGCAGAGGUCCACCUUGUCCCCUGGGAUCAGGACUUGAUGAGUCUCGAUUACGAUGGCCUGUUCAUCUCCAACGGACCAGGAGAUCCAUCUCUAGCCAAUACACUCGUCCAGAAUGUCCAAAAGGUACUUGAGAGUGAUCGUCCCCAGCCAGUGUUUGGGAUCUGUAUGGGUAACCAGAUCACUGCUUUGGCUGCAGGAGCUAAGUCAUAUAAACUCCCCAUGGGCAACAGAGGCCAGAACCAACCAGUGCUGAAUGUGAUGACGAACCAGGCCUUCAUUACAGCACAGAACCACGGCUAUGGCAUAGACAGCAAGUCUUUGCCGCCAGGAUGGAGCCCGCUUUUCAUCAAUGCAAAUGAUGGCACCAAUGAGGGUAUCAUGCACGACACUAAACCGAUUUUCACGGCCCAGUUCCAUCCCGAGGCUAAAGGGGGUCCAACAGACACAGAGUUUCUCUUUGAUGCCUUUAUAUCCCUGAUCAAGAAAGGAAAGGAUGCAAACUUAGUGUCAGUCAUGCCAAAGAAACCCUUAAUACCUCCCAAAGCCAAGGUUUCAAAAGUGCUUGUUCUGGGUUCUGGAGGUCUUUCUAUCGGCCAGGCUGGAGAGUUUGACUACUCUGGAUCUCAAGCUGUUAAGGCCAUGAAGGAGGAGAACCUGAAAACAGUGCUCAUGAACCCAAACAUAGCCUCUGUUCAAACCAACGAGGUAGGCACCAAGCAGGCAGACUCGGUCUACUUCCUCCCCGUCACUCCUGAAUUUGUAACUGAGGUCAUCAAAAUCGAGCGUCCUGACGGCAUCCUGCUCUCCAUGGGUGGACAAACGGCGCUCAAUUGCGGAGUUGAAUUAUUCCAGCGUGGCGUCCUUGAGAAGUAUGGAGUAAAAGUUCUGGGAACCCCCGUGCAGUCCAUCAUGGCCACAGAGGACAGACAGCUGUUUGCUGACAAACUCAUGGAGAUCAAUGAAAACAUCGCACCCAGCAUCGCUGUGGAGUCGGUGUCUGAUGCCUUGAAUGCCGCAGAGAAGAUUGGCUACCCGGUGAUGUUACGAUCGGCCUACGCUCUGGGAGGUCUGGGCUCCGGUCUUUGUUCCAACAAAGAGAAGCUGGAGGAAACGGCACAUAAGGCUCUGGCCAUGAGCAGUCAGAUCCUGGUGGAGAAGUCUCUGCUCGGCUGGAAGGAGGUGGAAUACGAGGUGGUUAGAGACGUGGCCGAUAACUGCGUGACCGUCUGCAACAUGGAGAACUUCGACCCACUGGGCAUUCACACAGGUGACUCCAUAGUAGUAGCACCAAGCCAGACAUUGUCCAACGAGGAGUACCACAUGCUCCGAGAGACGGCCAUCAAAGUGGUGCGUCACCUGGGCAUCAUAGGCGAAUGCAACAUCCAGUAUGCCUUACACCCAUCAUCCCUGAAGUACUGCAUCAUUGAGGUCAACGCCCGGCUCUCCAGAAGCUCUGCACUGGCUUCCAAAGCCACUGGGUAUCCCUUGGCUUUCGUCGCUGCUAAGCUGGCUCUGGGUAUCCCCCUGCCUGAAAUCAAGAACGCUGUAUCGGAGAAGACCACAGCCUGCUUCGAGCCCAGUCUAGACUACAUCGUCACCAAGAUCCCUCGCUGGGACCUGGACCGCUUUCAGGGCAUGUCCCAAGAAAUAGGCAGUGCCAUGAAGAGUGUCGGAGAGGUGAUGGCGGUAGGCCGGACCUUUGAGGAGAGUGUGCAGAAAGCCCUGAGGAUGUGUCAUCCAUCAGUUGAUGGCUUCAUGCCUCGCCUGCCACUCAAGAAAGCCUGGGCUGACACCCAGGACCUUCAGCAGGAGCUGGCUGUGCCUUCAAUCACCCGCAUCUUCUCGAUAGCCAAGUCCCUUCACAGUGGUUGGAGUGUUGAUCAAAUCCACCAGCUGACGGCCAUAGACAAGUGGUUCCUCCACAAACUCCAGAGAAUAACACAUCUGGAGCAGCACCUGCAAAACUACAAAAGUGACACAGUACCCAAAGAUCUGCUGCUGAAGGCCAAGCAGGACGGCUUCUCAGACCUGCAGGUCGGUCAGAUUCUGGGCUCCACUGAGAGAGCAGCCAGAGAGCUGAGGCUCCUGCACGGCAUCAAGCCCUGGGUGAAACAGAUUGACACCUUGGCUGCAGAGUAUCCAGCAAUGACCAACUACCUGUAUUGCACUUAUAAUGGAGAGGAGCACGAUCUGGAAUUUAAAGACAAGGGAAUCAUGGUUCUCGGGUGUGGGCCUUACCACAUUGGGAGCAGUGUUGAGUUUGACUGGUGUGCAGUGUCCAGCAUCAGAGCUUUGAGACAAAUGGGCAAGAAGACAGUGGUGGUCAACCACAAUCCUGAGACGGUCAGCACCGACUUUGACGAGUGUGACCGCCUUUAUUUUGAAGAGCUGACCCUGGAACGCAUCCUGGACAUCACCCAACAAGAGAGUUGCACUGGCAGCAUCGUCUCGGUAGGAGGUCAGAUCCCCAACAACCUGGCUGCCCCCCUGCACCUGAACGGGGUCAAUAUUCUCGGGACGAGCCCCCUGCAGAUCGACCGGGCCGAAGAGCGCUCCGUCUUCUCCAGUAUACUUGAUGACCUUGGGGUGGCACAAGCCCCAUGGAGGGCCCUCAGCUCCCUGGAGGAUGCUUUUACUUUUGCCAACCAGGUGGGCUAUCCCUGUCUGCUGCGCCCCUCCUAUGUUCUCAGUGGCUCUGCCAUGAACGUUGUGUAUGGAGAGGAGGAGAUGAAACGCUUCUUGCAGGAGGCCACUCAGGUGUCCCAGGAGCAUCCUGUAGUCAUCACCAAGUUCAUCCGCGGGGCCCGGGAGGUGGAGGUGGAUGCUGUAGCUAAGAGUGGCAAGGUUCUGGUCCAUGCCAUAACAGAGCAUGUGGAGGAUGCAGGAGUGCACUCAGGAGAUGCCACCCUAAUGCUGCCAACCCAGAGUAUCAGUCAGGGAGCGCUAGAAAAGGUCAAGAUUGCCACACAGAAAAUUGCACAGGAAUUAGAAAUUUCGGGGCCCUUUAACACUCAGUUCCUGGUUAAAGGCAAUGAUGUCAUGGUGAUCGAGUGCAACCUGCGGGCGUCUCGCUCCUUCCCUUUCGUGUCAAAAACCAUCGGUGUGGACUUUAUCAACGUGGCAACCAAAGUGAUGGUGGGAGAGCCUAUGGAUGAGGCCAGCCUGCCCUCGCUGGAGAACCCCAUCAUUCCUGUAGACUUUGUUGGCAUCAAGGCGCCCAUGUUCUCCUGGCCUCGGCUGAGGGAAGCAGACCCUGUGCUCCGCUGUGAGAUGGCUUCCACUGGAGAGGUAGCUUGUUUUGGACCAAACAUCUAUUCAGCGUUCCUCAAGGCUAUGCUCUCCACAGGCUUCAAGCUCCCACAGAAGGGCAUCCUGAUAGGGAUUCAGCAUUCGUUCCGACCCAAUUUCCUGGCUACAGCCCAUCAGCUGAAAGAGGAAGGAUUCAAGCUCUAUGCUACUGAAGCCACCUCUGCCUGGCUGUGUGCCAAUGACGUGCCAGCCACUCCAGUAGCCUGGCCCUCUCAGAAGGGAGAAGACACCAGUUUGCCUGGUAUUAUGAGACUGAUCAGCGAGGGUCACAUUGACCUGGUGGUCAACCUGCCCAAUAACAACACCCGCUUCCUGAAGGAUAACUUCACGAUCCGCAGAAUGGCUGUCGACUACGGAGUCCCCCUCAUCACCAAUUACCAGGUGGUGAAGCUGUUUGCAGAGGCUAUUGGCUAUGCCGGCGAGCUUGACACUAGCAGCCUCUUCCACUACCGGCAGAAAGAAAGCCAACACAGAGGUGUUAGCAAGCAGCCCUAAAGUUCACUAUCCUUCUCCUGUGGAGUUACACGCAAACAUUUAGCGGGAGCAAAUUUCCCUGAAUACAAUGUCCUUAAAAAAUGUCUUUGUUUCUGUUUAACAACCCCGAGGUGUGAUGGAGAAAGUUGUUACAUAGACCAUGAACAGGAGUAACUGCAUCAUGAUGCACAAUGUGGUGCUACUGUUUGAGAAGUUGCCUUUAAAAACAGGUUGAUAGAGUCAGAUGUUUGGUUUUAAUUCUUGAGUUAAUGAAUUUAACAUUGGAUGCACAUUGCUUUAAUACAGAUCAGCUUUAAUACAUGGGGAUGACGGGGGGAAUACUAGUUUGUUUAUCAUCCAGCAGAUAACAAUCUUAUACAUGAUAAUAAUUACCAGUAAUUAUUUACAUGGCAAAGUGUGGGCCCUAUUCUCUUCAGAUCUUUUACUAAAAACCCUUCGAGGAGACGUGCUAGUCAAUCAAAUGAAGAAGAAAAUGUAAGAAACGAAAAACCGCCAGGGGUUAAAUGGAAUAAAGAGGUACCUGAGAGGGUAUUUCUGUUACAGUGUUAGCUUUUAUUUAAGGUCCUUUUUUUUUCUUUAGUGUAUAACUGAGGUUGUCUGUGAAGUGAUAUGUGUUAUGGUGCUUUCACCUCCUUACCUCUGCCUGAGCUCAGUUUUUACCAACAGUUUGGUCUUUAUUUCAUAUCCUUAGUAAAGCUUUUUUUUUAGUCUAGUCUUAGAAUGGUAUGAGGGUUUGAGGCCUAAAGUUAAGGUACAAAAGGAGAAUCUGCUAUUGCAGUUAUUCUUGAUAAGAUAUGUUUUUUUAAAUGUUCAACUGUUCCAAGUGUGGAGCCUUAGCUCUAAAGAUGUCAUCUGACAUGUUUAUGUAUUUGGAUCAAUAUGUGUAAAUACUGUUUGCCGCAGAGUCCAUAUUUUUAUCCUAAUCUGCAUUUUAAAGACCUCACACUUUAAGUAGGAUACACUUCACACUCACACUUGUUGUUUCUGUUUUAUUGUGUUUUAAUGGAUUCUAACAGAACUCAAACGUGCCGUUUUCUCUCAUGUGAUGCCUGCUCCAGGUGUGGAUCUGUGUGUGUGUUGGAUUUGAGAGGGACAUUCCUUAAAGCGUGUUAAUACAGUCUUAAAGGUAACACAGGCCGGCAUGCAGUCUAGGUGGGCAAGUUUCUAGAGGGGUAAAAGUACACUAUGAUCCCUGUGUGAUAUUAUUGUGGGUGACCAUUAAUAACUCCAAAUGUGGAAAGAAAGAUUUCAAAUCAUGUUCUUGAAUUUGAAGGGAGCAAGUGAAGAGAGGCCAGUAUGGGACAAAUAUCUCUUUUUGUUGUCCUCGUCGUUGCAACUGCAGCAGUAUGUUGGACAAUCUUUAUGGUUUCCUCAGCCUCACGUUCUGGAAAUAAAAAGACUAUGACCAUAUCUUUGACACAGAAGUCUGUUCUUAUUCUCUGUAGGAAUAAACCAUGAAUGAUGUUGUAUUUUUUUCGAUACUUCAUUUGUUCAUGUUAAAUCUGAA